UGAUGUUCAAUUUUCUUGUUGUCGGACGGUCUCUGCGCUAAUGGCUCCUCCUGCAAUAGCAAAACGCAGCUGAGCAAGGGUUGCAGGGGCAACGCAAAUAUAUACAUUUUUUUCUCAAGCCGCAGGAAAGGGGUGACUUAUUGAGCAAUGUUUAAGAAAAAAACAUUUUAGAUUGCGUGCUUAGACGUCGUUCCAACUGUAGCGAAGGGUUCGGUUUUUCUUUUAAAUUCUAAAUACCCCAAAUGAACUCCGUCAGAGCAACCAGCAGAAGACCCAGGCGAGUGUCGAGGCCGCGCCCGGUACAGCCGGAAAGGAACAACCAGGAAAGAGAUGAGGACGUCCCUGCAGAUAUGGUUGCAGAAGAAUCUGGUCCAGGAGCUCAGAAUAGUCCGUACCAACUUCGAAGAAAGUCUCUACUUCCCAAGAGAACAGCAGCGUGUCCAGCAAAGACUAACAUGGAGGGUGCUUCCACUUCAGCCACAGAAGACUUUGGCCAUCGGGCAAAACGUGCCAGAGUGUCAGGAAAGUCUCAAGAGUUACCAGCAGCGCCUGCGGAGCACUACCUCGAGGAGAAGCUGCCAGACGAGGUGGUUCUGAAGAUCUUCUCCUACCUGCUGGAGCAGGACCUGUGUCGCGCAGCAUGUGUCUGCAAACGCUUCAGUGAACUGGCCAAUGAUCCCAUCCUCUGGAAGAGGCUGUACAUGGAUGUGUUUGAGUACACGCGUCCCAUGAUGCACCCUGAGGCGGGGAAGUUCUUCCAGAUUAACCCAGAGGAGUACGAGCAGCCCAACCCGUGGAAAGAGAGCUUUCAGCAGCUGUAUAAAGGAGCACACGUGAAGACAGGCUUCGCAGAACACUUCUACAGUAAUCCUGCCAGAUACAAAGGAAGAGAGAACAUGCUUUACUAUGACACCAUAGAGGAUGCACUGGGGGGUGUUCAGGAGGCCCACUUUGACGGCCUCAUAUUCGUCCACUCUGGGGUCUACACUGACGAGUGGAUCUACAUAGAGUCACCCAUCACAAUGAUCGGAGCUGCACCUGGUAAAGUAGCGGACAAAGUGAUCAUUGAGAACACCAGAGACUCCACAUUUGUCUUCAUGGAGGGCUCAGAGGACGCAUACGUCGGCUACAUGACCAUCAAGUUUAAUCCUGACGAUAAGUCUGCCCAGCACCACAACGCCCACCACUGUCUGGAGAUUACAGUCAACUGCAGCCCCAGCAUUGACCACUGCAUCAUACGCAGCACUUGCACAGUGGGCUCAGCGGUCUGUGUGAGCGGCCAGGGAGCUUGUCCCACCAUCAAACACUGCAACAUCAGCGACUGUGAGAACGUGGGGCUUUACAUUACCGACCAUGCACAGGGUAUCUAUGAGGACAACGAGAUCUCCAACAACGCUCUGGCUGGGAUCUGGGUGAAAAACCAUGGCAACCCAAUCAUCAGACGGAACCACAUCCACCAUGGCAGAGACGUGGGCGUCUUCACUUUCGACCACGGCAUGGGCUACUUUGAGAGCUGCAACAUCCACAGGAACCGCAUAGCUGGCUUUGAGGUGAAGGCGUACGCCAACCCCACGGUGGUGCGCUGUGAGAUCCACCACGGACAGACGGGAGGGAUCUACGUGCACGAGAAGGGCCGAGGACAGUUCAUCGAGAACAAGAUCUAUGCAAACAACUUUGCUGGAGUGUGGAUCACCUCCAAUAGUGAUCCUACAAUAAGGGGCAACGCCAUCUUCAACGGUAACCAGGGCGGAGUUUACAUAUUCGGUGAUGGGCGAGGCCUCAUCGAGGGGAAUGAUAUCUACGGUAACGCCUUGGCAGGGAUCCAGAUCAGGACGAACAGCUGCCCCAUCGUACGACACAACAAGAUCCACGACGGACAGCACGGGGGCAUCUAUGUGCAUGAAAAGGGACAGGGGGUGAUAGAGGAGAACGAGGUGUACAGCAACACGCUGGCAGGAGUCUGGGUGACUACAGGAAGCACACCUGUCCUCAGGAGGAACAGGAUACACAGUGGGAAACAGGUUGGCGUCUACUUCUACGACAACGGCCAUGGAGUGCUGGAGGACAAUGAUAUCUACAACCACAUGUACUCCGGAGUUCAAAUCAGAACUGGCAGCAAUCCCAAAAUCAGACGGAACAAGAUCUGGGGAGGUCAAAAUGGAGGCAUUCUGGUUUACAACUCAGGUUUGGGCUUCAUCGAGGACAAUGAGAUCUUUGACAACGCCAUGGCGGGGGUGUGGAUAAAGACGGACAGCAACCCCACCCUCCGAAGGAAUAAGAUCCACGACGGGAGAGACGGAGGGAUCUGUAUAUUCAACGGAGGACGAGGUUUACUGGAGGAGAACGAUAUAUUCAGGAACGCCCAAGCAGGGGUCCUCAUCAGCACCAACAGCCACCCCGUCCUGAGGAAGAACAGAAUAUUUGACGGCUUCGCUGCAGGUAUUGAGAUCACCAAUCAUGCCACGGCAACCCUGGAGGGCAAUCAGAUCUUCAAUAACCGCUUUGGAGGUUUGUUUCUCGCAUCUGGUGUCAACGUUACAAUGAAAGAUAACAAAAUAAUGAACAAUCAAGAUGCCAUUGAAAAAGCUGUGAGCAGAGGUCAGUGCCUGUACAAGAUUUCAAGUUACACCAGCUAUCCAAUGCACGAUUUUUACAGGUGUCACACCUGUAACACAACAGACCGCAACGCUAUCUGUGUGAACUGCAUCAAGAAGUGCCACCAGGGGCACGACGUGGAGUUCAUUAGGCAUGAUAGAUUUUUCUGUGACUGUGGAGCCGGGACGUUGUCAAACCCCUGCACGCUAGCUGGAGAGCCCACGCACGACACGGACACACUGUACGACUCAGCCCCUCCUAUAGAGUCCAAUACGCUGCAACAUAACUGAGCUGGACCGCUGGACCCCCGGACCCUUCCAGGCCUUUUCCCUAUAUAGUGCACUACUUUUGACUCGAACCCUAUGCUGGCCCUGGUCAAAAGUAGUGCACUGUAGGGAAUAGGGUGCCAUUUUGGACAGAGACUCCUGUUUGUUCAGCUCAGCUAACUAGUCCAUCUAUGGGGAGGAUGAAAAAUACAAACUUAUAAAUAUCACAAUGUAAAAAUUACUUUAAAAAAUAUGGAUGUUGCGAUGGACAAAGACGAGCUGAAAGGAGACGUGACAUUUCUGCUGUGGAUGCACUGACUGCCUGCACCGCUUCUCCUCCCUUUUUAUUUUCCUUCCCAGCAACAUGUUGAUGAAGAGGCAAUGGGACUUGGUCGGUGAUGAAUGGGUUUUCUUAUUCCCUUCAUAGGGCACUACUUUUGACCAGGGCCAGCAUUCGGGUCCUAGUCAAAAGUACCCUAUGAAGGGAAUAGGGUGCCAUUUCAAAUAUUGACUCAGGUUGGAGAAUUCAUGGGAAGCAUUUCAGCGGAGCUGUGGAUGGACGCGAGACAUUUUAAUGCCCCUCUCUGCCUUUCUUGGCGAAGUGGGCAAGUGAAGUCAGACUGCAGUUAUUGUACAGAGCCAUUGAUGGUGGCAUAAUGGCACAGCAACGCUCAGAGCCAUGCCACACACUGCUUCUGUCUCCGGCAGCAAACCGUUGUGCUGGUAUAUGUAUGUUACAGAAAAAUUAAUUACCUAGCACUUCGGGGGGUUUUUUAAGAAAAAAAUAUUUUAAAUGCUUUUCUCAUGUAGUUUUGUAUUUUCAUGCAGAAAUGUUACUGUACUUGAAUGUCUUUAUUAAAUAUAUAUUUUUUUUGGUUAUUACCCCCCACGGACUUGGUGUAAGUGUAAUGUCGCAGUAUCUACAUUCUUUCUGUGAAAGAUAAAAGCAACAUUUUCUCCAGCAAUGUUGACUAUUUUAAGAGACUUGCGAAAAAUACAUUGGUCUUGUUAAAAGCUUUUAGAAUUGAUUCUUUGAAUACCCAAAUACAUUUGUCUGCAAUAUGGAGAUAUGGAACCAUGAAUGCUUCGCUACAUAUUUCCUAUUAUUUGGACCACACUGGAGGUAAACCUCAGUAUAAAUGACAAAAGUAUUAAGGGCUGGAUUCAAUCGGUAUCUUCCGCGUUAAAAUGUAAAGGACAUUUCUGACUGAACCGACCUGCAGCAUUUACCGAUGACGUUGCCAAAUAUAGGAACAUUGCCUUUUAAAAUUUAAAUCGAGCUAUGAGGAUCCUCUGCGAUACUGAUUGAAUCCAGCCCUAAGUCUUGACAACGCACAGCUGUCUAGUUGGUAGGGCCCAGGCUGUCCUGGUUAAUAACAUGCCGCUUUUCUAGCCUGGUCCCAGAUCUGUCUUGCAAACGCCUCUGGUUGUCAUUUCCCACAAUGACCAUAGGCAUUGGCACACAAACCGAUCUGAGCCCAGGUUAAGGCAAAUAUUUUCACAUUGGAGUAAAGCACUUAAAUAUAUAACCAGUAUAUGGUUUUCAUUGCUUUCCCAUUCAUGUGUUUCGGUGACUGUGGGUUCUCAAACAGCCAGAAAUGAAUGCAUGUACCAUAACAUCUAGACUUAAUAUAUUGUGGAGUAUUCAAUAACCAUUUUGUAGAUGCUAGUGUGAAUUAAAAGGGUUUAAUUUCCUA